GCAGCUGCUGCUGCGGGGCCGCAGCCGCCGUGGGCCGCCGCCAUGCCGGGCUCGCUGAAAGAGGAGACGGCGCUGCUGCUGGAGGAUUACUUCCAGCACCGCGGCGGCGGUUCGGCGCUGCCCCCCAGCCCCACGGCGGCCACGCUGCGGCGGGCGGCGGCCGAGCUGGAGCGGCAGGAGCGGCCCUUCUUCCGCUCCUGCGCGCCGCUGGCCCGGGCCGAGCCGCGGGAGGCGGCGGCGCUGCUGGAGCGGGUGGCGGCGCAGCUGGAGGCCGAGGGCGGCCUCAACUGGGGCCGGCUGCUGGCGCUGGUGGUGUUCGCCGGCACGUUGGCCUCCGCGCUGGCCGAGCGGGGCUGCGGCGAGGGGCCCCGCUGCUUGGCCGACGCGCUGGCCGCCUACCUGGCCGAGGAGCGGGGCGAGUGGCUGGAGGCGCACGGCGGAUGGGAUGGCUUCUGUCGCUUCUUCGGCUCGCACGGCUCCCAGGCAGCUGACCAGAGCAGCACCAUCAGCAAUGCAAUCAUGGCUGCAGCGGGGUUUGGAAUAGCAGGAUUGGCUUUUCUCUUGGUGGUGCGGUAGGCUGAUGAACACAUCUUGCCAUGGGAAAGUACUCUCAAAACUGACGAUUUACCAGAUUUCACUCUAUUUUCUAUAGAACAGACCCUCUAAGAAGAAGUUUAUAUUUUUAAACUGGUUCGGAAAACUGUCUCACCAAAUCCUUGGCUAUAAACUGCUUCACUUGCUACUCAGUAACAGCACAAACAAAUGUGUACUAAACCACCAUUUGUGCAUGUUCAAAACCUGUUGUCUCCAAACAUUCUCUGGACUUUCGUUUUUGAAGGUGUAACCUAAACUUUAGCAUGGUUCAUUGUACUGUAACUUCUGAGUGCUUGAUGUUAUGCUAGGAAAACGUUAUGGUGGACUUGCUACUAAACCCUCCUUUUGAGAUGUCUUACGUGGAGGCAAGUCUUGGAACCCGCCUUCCAUUAUUACUGUAAAGUGGGCGAACGUUGACUGUGAUUUACCAUGGCUUCUGGUUUCAGAUGCAGUGCACAGCACUUGUUACCGAAAGGCAACUUCUUGGUUGAUUUAGAGCAAUUAGUGCCCAUGGUGCAAGGGGCAUUUGGGCUUAAUAUAACAUAAGGCUGAUUUCACUACACUACAAGAAGAUAAGUAUUGAUACAGUAAUGGCUGCAGUACUGGUUCUUACUGAAAGGAAAGGAGUUUAAAUAUUAAACCUUAAUUGGUAUAUUGAAAUCCAGUGGAGGCUGGAAUUUCUCUGGAUUUCCUUGACAAAACGAGAAUUUCCAUAUAUCUUAAUAUAUUUUUGAAGUAUUUAUCAUUGUAUAAUACUUGUAGCCAUGACAUCUUUAUUUUUGUUUAAAACUUAAUGCUGGUUCUUGUCACUAGUGCGUAUCAAGCGUUGUCUUGUUUGAGUAAUAUUUCACUCUGUUUUCAACAUGCUGUGUAUUUCUUUCAGUGGUUGUACAAAUUGCCUUAUGUUCCUGGUAGCUUUUUAAUAACGUUCCUGGGUUACUCAUAGCGUGUACAAUUUUACUAUGGUGACUUCAAAGGUGAAUAAAUGUUAAGUAUUUUUAUUUUAAAA